UCUAGUUUGUGUUUGAUGCAACAGGUGACGUCGCUGAUUGUGGUAGACCACAGAAUGUGUGGCAAAAACAAAUUACAAAAACAGAGCUGUGACUCUAAGGAGGAUAUUUUCCCGACAUAUGAACAAAGAUCUUCACUCCGUCACAAGCACACUCACGAAGUGGAUGUGAGUAUUCGUCCAUCAGGAGCCAUGACCAUCUUUUACAUCAUUCGUUUGCUUUUAGCAGUGGCUCUGGUCUCUGGCGUCUCCUGCACGCCCCCGCGGGGUAAAAGAGCGGUUAGUGAUCUGAGCGGAAUCAUCCAAUGCUACACAGGAAGAGCAUUUUCUUCUUACUGGUUUUACGGCUGCUACUGCGGAGUUGGGGGCAGCGGCAGGGCUGUCGACCAAACCGACGAGUGCUGCCGGAUGCAUGACUGCUGCUACGAAGACGCCCGCAGUCAGGGCUGCCGGCCCCUAACAGACAUCUACGACUGGACCUGUAACAACAACAUGGUUACUUGUGAUCAUCUGACUGGCUGCGAGAAGACUCUGUGCGAGUGUGACAGAGGCGCCGGCGACUGCUUGAAUCGAGCACCGUACCAGCAGCGGUACGCCUGGUGGCCCAAUUUCUUCUGCGGCAACACACAAAUAUGCACCUGAGCCAGUGCUUAUUAUGGGAACAUGAGCCAUCACCCAACAGGUUCCAACAAUGGCAUCGGCUCUUUCUCACUUUCUAUUUCGGCUCUUCCAUCGCUUUCCUUCUGCUGAUUCGACAUUUAAAGGAUCGGUGUUGUUUUCCAUGACGAUAUCAGAGAAAAUGACAUAAUAAUAGAAAUAAAGGGCGUCGGGGUGAUUCUUGGUAAA